AUGCAUGUGCGAGAGAUUGUCAAAGGCUUUCUCCAGGUCAAGGCCCAGGAUUGCCCUGGCAUCUUUCGUCUGCACGUCGAUAAUCUGAUGUUUGAUCAACAUCAUGGUGUCCUGGGUCGAGAGUGGCGGCCGGAAGCCAAUCAUGUUGUACGGAAAGAGACCAUGCUCUUCAAUGUGUUUGUUAAUGACGUGUUCGGCCACCUUGCCUAUACAGGAUGUCCAUUCAGGGGACACUACUUCCUCGUGAUGGUGGAUGCUUUUUCCAAGUGGGUAGACGUUCACCCUGUUCCGUCACCAUCUGCAGAGGCCACGAUAUCUGUGUUCAGGACAGUCUUUUCUCAACAUGGUCUGCCAGACAUCAUUGUUUCCGAUAAUGGGCCAGCAUUCACCAGCAGCCAGUACGCUGACUUCCUGAACAGAAAUGGCAUCCGUCGCAUGAUGGUGCCUCCAUAUCACCCUGCUUCUAACGGGGCUGCAGAGCGGGUACAACAGAACAUCAAAGAUAAACUGAAGAAAAGCACACCGGGUGAAUUCAGGACACAAGUGGUGCUCUUCCAUUACCGCUCAACGCCUCAUGAUGCAGCAGGCCGUGUGCCGCGCGAGUUGCUCAUGGGAAAAGAAUCAACGCCCUUGGAUGUCAUGCGCCCAAGUCUUCGAUCGUCUGUUCAAUUGAACCAGAUAAAGCAAAAACUGCAUGCGAAUAAGGGUUGCCGCAUUGCGCCAAUAAUGGACCCGGGUGCUCCAGUGUUCACCAGGAACUUUCGAUCAAGUCCACCAUGGAUCAGCCAGCUGAACAACAAACAACAGCGCCUGUGGAGCCUGCAGGAGCUGCUACUGAGUCAGAACAGCCAUCAAGUCAGCCCCACAACAGAACUGAGCUGCCAGCAGCAGUCGUCCCAUCGGGAGGAAGCCCUGCCGCACUGA